CCUCACACUCAUUAUUCCCACUACCUUACAUUUGCGCGUUCCUCAAUCGCUAGGAUCUCGAGCGUUUCGAGCUCGAGACUGCGAUCACUACUGCCUUUCGUCACGGUGCCUUCUAUCUUGUCCACGAAAAUCUUCAUUUCUCCCCUCCGUAUUUCAAUCUUCGCAGCCGGAUCUGCAUUUGAGCCUUGCUCGAAGCCGGCUAUUUGGCGAAGCACUCCGCUCCUCCUCACAUUUGCCUCACAGAAGCGCGGCUACGCUAAAAGAAAGAUGCCUCCUAAGAAGGCAGUUAAGGAAGAGAAGAUCCUGCUGGGCAGACCGGGCAACAGCCUGAAAAGUGGUAUCGUCGGCCUUGCUAAUGUCGGCAAAUCUACACUGUUCCAAGCUAUCACAAAAUGUUCUCUGGGCAACCCAGCAAACUUUCCCUACGCAACCAUAGAUCCUGAAGAGGCCCGAGUCAUUGUGCCGGACGCUCGUUACGACUGGCUGUGCGAACACUACAAGCCCAAGUCACAAGUCCCCGCCAACUUGACAGUCUACGACAUUGCCGGUCUGACUCGAGGAUCUUCAACUGGUGCCGGUCUUGGAAAUGCUUUCUUGUCACAUAUUAGAGCCGUAGAUGCUAUUUUCCAAGUCGUUCGGUGUUUUGACGAUGCCGAGAUCAUUCACGUCGAAGGAGAUGUCAAUCCGACGCGAGAUCUGGACAUCAUCUCAGAGGAGUUAAGGUUAAAAGAUAUUGAGUUCGUCGAGAAAGCAAAAGAAAAUCUAUCAAAACAGACGAGAAGAGGCGGUCAAAGUCUGGAGAUGAAGAAGUUGAAAGAAGAAGAGGCUACAGUCGACAAGAUCCUGGCAUGGCUUAAAGACGGUAAAGAUGUCAGAAAGGGUGAUUGGAGUCCCAAAGAGGUCGAAGUGAUCAACCCAUUAUUCCUGCUCACUGCCAAACCGGUUGUCUACCUGAUCAACCUGUCAGAAAAGGACUACCUCCGACAAAAGAACAAAUACCUUCCUAAGGUCAUGGAAUGGAUCAAGACGAAUGCCGCGGGUGACCCGGUCCUGCCUAUCUCUGUUUCCUUCGAGGAGCGUCUCGCCAGCAUGACCGAUGAGGAGGCAGCCGAAGAAUGCAAAAAACUUGGCGCGAAAUCCGCCCUUCCUAAGGUGAUUGUGACUAUGCGUACGGCUCUCAAUCUAGCCAGCUUUUUCACAACCGGUACAGAUGAGGUCCGGCAGUGGACAAUACGGAAGGGCAUCAAGGCUCCCCAGGCUGCAGGUGUGAUUCAUACGGAUUUCGAGAAGACCUUCAUUCAGUGUAUCGUAUACAAUUAUGAUACGUUGAAAGAGUAUGGAGACGAAAACGCCGUGAAAGCGGCAGGUAAAAUCAUGACCAAGGGCAAGGAAUAUGUUGUCGAAGACGGCGAUAUCCUCCUGAUCAAAGCUGGUGCUGCCAAAGCUUAGGUUAGCAACGCCUCUCACGAUACAAACCGACAAAGACUACAAUGCUCAGCGGGGGAAAGAGUACGACUUAUUGACUUUUGCCAGAACAGCCAAUGCCUCCUGUGUCUCGAUCUGUAGCAUGGUCGGCGCCAUUUCGUUCAAGUCUUUUAAGCCUUUUACGGAUGCGAAGGACAAUAUCAAAACGCAGUGACUGUUUGCUCAGAUCAAGGAUAGAGAUUUUGUUGAUACCCACAUCACGCAAUGACAGUAAUUGGCUUGAACGGAACUUCCUCCUUCACUCGGGUAUAUUGUCCUCGCUUCAUGACCGCAGUCGUAUGCAUUACAUUGG